GGGGCCCGCACGGCCGCCGCGCGCGUUCUCCCGCUCGGCGUGUGCUUGGCCCGGGGAGCCGGGAGGGCCCGGCGAUCGCGCCGCGGCCGCCGCGAGGGUGUGAGCGCGCGUGGGCGCCCGCGGAGCCGGGGCCAUGGUGCAGCAAACCAACAACGCCGAGAACACGGAAGCGCUGCUGGCGGGCGAGAGCUCGGACUCGGGCGCCGGCCUCGAGCUGGGCAUCGCCUCCUCCCCCACGCCCGGCUCCACCGCCUCCACGGGCGGCAAGGCCGACGACCCGAGCUGGUGCAAGACGCCGAGCGGGCACAUCAAGCGACCCAUGAACGCCUUCAUGGUGUGGUCGCAGAUCGAGCGGCGCAAGAUCAUGGAGCAGUCGCCCGACAUGCACAACGCCGAGAUCUCCAAGCGGCUGGGCAAACGCUGGAAGCUGCUCAAAGACAGCGACAAGAUCCCUUUCAUUCGGGAGGCGGAGCGGCUGCGCCUCAAGCACAUGGCUGACUACCCCGACUACAAGUACCGGCCCAGGAAGAAGGUGAAGUCCGGCAACGCCAACUCCAGCGCCUCGGCCGCCGCCUCCUCCAAGCCGGGGGAGAAGGGAGACAAGGUCGGUGGCGGGGGCGGCCACGGGGGCGGCGGCGGCGGCGGCGGGAGCGGCAACGCGGGGGGAGGAGGCGGCGGCGCGAGCGGCGGCGGCGCCAACUCCAAACCCGCGCAGAAAAAGAGCUGCGGCUCCAAAGUGGCGGGCGGCGCGGGCGGCGGGGUCAGCAAGCCGCACGCCAAGCUCAUCCUGGCGGGCGGCGGCGGCGGGAAGGCGGCGGCCGCGGGCGCCUCCUCCUCCUUCGCGGCCGAGCAGGCGGGGGCCGCUGCCCUGCUGCCCCUGGGCGCCGCCGCGGCCGCCGCCGACCACCACUCGCUGUACAAGGCGCGGACUCCCAGCGCGGCCGCCUCGGCCUCCGCGGCCGCCUCUGCCGCGCCGGGCCUGGCGGCCCCGGGCAAGCACCUAGCCGACAAGAAGGUGAAGCGCAUCUACCUGUUCGGAGGCCUGGGCGCGUCCUCGUCGCCCGCGGGCGGCGUGGGCGCGGGUGCCGACCCCAGCGACCCCCUGGGCCUGUACGAGGAGGGGGGCGCGGGCUGCUCGCCCGACGGGCCGAGCCUGAGCGGCCGCAGCAGCGCCGCGUCGUCGCCGGCCGCCGGCCGCUCGCCCGCCGACCACCGCAGCUACGCCAGCCUGCGCGCCGCCUCGCCCGCCCCGUCCAGCGCGCCGUCGCACGCGUCCUCGUCGGCCUCGUCCCACUCGUCGUCGUCCUCGUCGUCGGGCUCCUCGUCCUCCGACGACGAGUUCGAAGACGACCUGCUCGACCUGAACCCCAGCUCAAACUUUGAGAGCAUGUCCCUGGGCAGCUUCAGCUCGUCGUCGGCGCUGGACCGGGACCUGGAUUUUAACUUCGAGCCCGGCUCCGGCUCGCACUUCGAGUUCCCGGACUACUGCACGCCCGAGGUGAGCGAGAUGAUCUCGGGAGACUGGCUGGAGUCCAGCAUCUCCAACCUGGUCUUCACCUACUGAGAGGGGGGCGCGCGCGCGCGGGCCGGGAGCAGAGGGCCGGGUUGGGGGGUGGGGGUGGGGGAGAGGAAAACAAAGAGAGAGCGAGAGCGAGAGAAGUGGACAGAGGAAGAGUUGGAAGAGAAAAGGGAAAAUUGAAAAAAAAAAAAAAAAAGGAAAAGAUUAAAAAAAAAAAAAAGCGAGCAGGGCCGGCUUGGGCCGCGUCGCGGUCGCGGGAGAAAGCGCGGCGGCGUUUUGGGGACCCGCGCUCCCAUCCCCCAGCUGCCCGGCCGCGGGGACGCGGAGGAGGCGGCGGGGAGACGGGGUGGGGGGGGGCGACCUUUUAUUGUUCUUGAUGUUGUUGUUGAUGGCAAAAAAGCUACUUGGGAGUUUCCUCCCCUUUGCCCGAAGAGACACCCCCACACACACACCCCACUUCCAACGAGCUUCCGGACUUGUCUGCUGCUCCCCCAGCAAGAAGCCGACUUGAUAGUUUUUUCUAGAGACUGAAGGAAUCUCGUCCCUGUCUCAUCGCCCCCUUGCUGUUUUUGCUUUAUUUUAUCUCAUUUCUUGAUCGAGAGAGGAGGGGGAAAAAACAACAACAAAAAAAAGAAAAAGAAAAAAGAAAGCAAAGAAAAGAAAGAAACCCAACGCGCCCCCGGGGAUUUAGUUCUCAGCACCCCCGCCACCCCCCUCCCCCUGAAGAAGACAGAAGGCUCCGGGCGUGGAAUUGGACCGAAGGCUGAUCUUUUGGGGGGUCGCGCAGGCUCGAGACGCGCCGGGACUGAGAGACUCCACGCUGGCAGAUUCCCGUUUUGCUGGGUUUUGCCUCCUUUUUUACUUUUUUUCCCUUUCUUUCUUCUUUCCUUCCUUCCUUCCUUUUUUUUUUUUUUCCUUGCCCCCUCCCGCAGCCGGAGGAGGAGGUGAUGCGGAGAGCCCGGUGGGGAGCCCGGCGAGGGGCGCGGGUCGGGACGCGGGGGUAGGGGGCUGCGGAGGAACUGGGACGGGUGUGCACGCUAGGGGAGCAGGUGGCGCAUCCCGGCGGCCCCCGCCCCGCGCAUCCCCGCAAUCAGAGAGGUGAGACUGGGCGGCCCGCGGGCGUGCAGGAGCGCGGACUGUUUGAUGUGGUACCGGGGGGCCGUGGAGGGGCGAGUGGUUUCGGGCGGGGGGAAAAAAAAGAGGUUUUUUUCUUCUCUUAAUCGGAAUCGUGAUGGUGUUGGAUUAUUUCACUGGUGGGGUUAAUAUAGCAUGUUAUCCUGUCUAUCUUUUAAAGAUUUCUGUAUAAGACUGUUGAGCAGUUUUUAAAAUAGUGUAGGAUAAUAUAAAAAGCAGAUAGAUGGCGCUAUGUUUGAUUCCUACAACAAAAUUAUCACCAGCUUUUUUUCAUUCUUAACUCUUUAAAGGAUUCAAACGCAACUCAAAUCUGUGCUGGACUUUAAGAAAGAAAGAAAGAAAACCACAAUUCAGGACCAAAUUUUUUCUCAGUGUGUAUGUGUUUAUUCCUUAUAGGUGUAAAUGAGAAGACGUGUUUUUUUCCCUCACCGAUGCUUCAUCCUCGUAUUUUUUUUUUUCCUUGUAAAUGUAAUCAGAUGCCAUUUUAUAUGUGGACGUAUUUAUACUGGCCAAACAUUUUUCUUUUCUUAUUUUGUCCCUUUUUUACUUUAACCUCUUCGUUUGCUUUCUUUUUUUUACUUCCUUUCUUCCUUCCUUUUUUUUUUCUUUUGUUUUUGUUGGAUUUUUUGGUUUUUGGUUUGUUUUUUUUUGUUUUUUGUUUUUUUGGUAGUUUGUUGUUACCCACGCCAUUUUACGUCUCCUUCACUGAAGGGCUAGAGUUUUAACUUUUAAUUUUUUAUAUUUAAAUGUAGACUUUUGACACUUUUAAAAAACAAAAAAAGACAAGAGAGAUGAAAACGUUUGAUUAUUUUCUCAGUGUAUUUUUGUAAAAAAUAUAUAAAGGGGGUGUUAAUCGGUGUAAAUCGCUGUUUGGAUUUCCUGAUUUUAUAAUAGGGCGGCUGGUUAAUAUCUCACACAGUUUAAAGAAUCAGCCCCUAAUUUCUCCAUGUUUACACUUCAAUCUGCAGGCUUCUUAAAGUGACAGUAUCCCUUAUCCUGCCACCAGUGUCCACCCUUUGACCCCAGUCUUAUAAAAAAGGGGGGGGGGGGAGAAUUAGCCAAACACUGUACGCUUUUCAGAAAAAGCAAAAUUUUUUAAAUAAAAACUGUUCUGUCCAGAGGCUUUAAAACUGGUGCAUUUACAGCAAAAAGGGAUCCUGUAGCUUUAACUUGUAAACCACAUCUUUUUUGCACUUUUUUUAUAAGCAAAAACGUGCCGUUUAAACCACUGGAUCUAUCUAAAUGCCGAUUUGAGUUCGCGACACUAUGUACUGCGUUUUUCAUUCUUGUAUUUGACUAUUUAAUCCUUUCUACUUGUCGCUAAAUAUAAUUGUUUUAGUCUUAUGGCAUGAUGAUAGCAUAUGUGUUCAGGUUUAUAGCUGUUGUGUUUAAAGAUUGAAAAAAGUGGAAAACAUCUUUGUACAUUUAAGUCUGUAUUAUAAUAAGCAAAAAGAUUGUGUGUAUGUAUGUUUAAUAUAACAUGACAGGCACUAGGACGUCUGCCUUUUUGAGGCAGUUCCGUUAAGGGUUUUUGUUUUUAAACUUUUUUUUGCCAUCCAUCCUGUGCAAUAUGCCGUGUAGAAUAUUUGUCUUAAAAUUCAAGGCCACAAAAACAAUGUUUUGGGGGAAAAAGAAAGAAAAAAAUCAUGCCAGCUAAUCAUGUCAAGUUCACUGCCUGUCAGAUUGUUGAUAUAUACCUUCUGUAAAUAACUUUUUUUGAGAAGGAAAUAAAAUCAGCUGGAACUGAACCCUAAA